AUGCUCUUCAACUCUUUCUUCCUCCUGACCGGCCUCGCCUCCGCUCACAUGCAGCUAAGCUGGCCCUACCCUCUGCGCAGCGCCCUCGACCCCGAAAGCGACCCCUCGACCAUCGACUACUCCAUGACCAGUCCGCUCGAAAGCAGCGGAUCCAACUUCCCCUGCAAAGGCUACCACGAGAACACCCCCUGGCGCACAACCGCCACCUUCUCCGCCGGGCAGACCUACAACAUCAGUCUCUCCGGGUCAGCAACCCACGGCGGCGGCUCAUGCCAGCUGUCCCUGAGCUACGACAACGGCGAAACCUUCAAGGUCAUCGAGUCGAUGAUGGGCGGGUGUCCAUUGACCACGGAGUAUGACUUCGUACUUCCCGAGGACGUGGCGAACGGGAAGGCGCUGUUUGCGUGGUCGUGGUUCAACCUGGUCGGAAACCGCGAGAUGUAUAUGAAUUGCGCGGAUGUGGAGAUUACCGGCGGAAGUGGCAGUGCGGCGUCGGUUGGGGAGAAGUAUCCGGAUAUGUUUGUGGCUAAUGUGGGGAAUGGGUGUAAGACGGUGGAGAAUAAGCAUACGGUUUUGGGGGAGCCGGGGGAGCAGGUCAUCUAUGAUGAUGGGGUCAGUGAGGCGUCGGAGGCGUUUCCUAUUUGUUAG